GCGGCUGUCAGAUUGUGUCCCGUUGAUCCUUGGGCUGUGGUUGUGGCCCUGCGUGUUGCUGGGCCCGUGGGUGAGUAGGGUUGCAGCUGCUGACCCACUUUCCUUGGACGGGCAUCGUGGGAGCACUCAUCUCCUGGCACCAGAAGAGUUGUGGGGAUGUGUUCUCCUGCUCCUUUGUGACAGUGCUAAUGAUGUCGUCUGGCACAGAUUACGCAAGGCUGAGCACCACCGAAGCACAGCUGUGUGGUCCCCGGCAUCUGCUUUCUUCCCCCUCCGCCACUGGGCCACUCUCAGUAGGGUAACUUUGCUGAGAGAUGGCGGAGCAGCGUCAGGACGUCACCGUGAUGGAGGAUCACGCAGCUGGCCAGGAGAAGCACAUCCCAUCAGGCUAUCCCCUUCAGAUACCAGUCGAUGAUGGAUCGGAUGAGCCUGUUUCUGAAACAUCUGACGCUAAGAGCACCCCAACUACGGAAGAUGCCACAGCACCUUUAGUGGAGGAAGGAGACCACGAGGAUCAGGGUGGUGUCGAACAGCAUGGGGAGAUCCCGGAAGGAACCACAGCUGAAGAGGCAGGCGUAGGAGCCACCCCCAACCUGGAGGAUCAUGCUGCAGGAGAUGCUGCUCAAGGGGAGCCAAGCUCUCCAAAGCUACAGCCUGGCCCUCAGGAGCGUGUGGGAGAUGCAAUAAAAAGAGAAAGCCAGCCCACAAAGCAGGUAGCUGGGGUUCUUCAGCAGCCUCUUCUGUCACAUGAAAUGAAGGCUACAACAGCAGCUCCCACCAGAAUUGAGGUCACCAUCCCAAUACCCCUGGAUAUGUACCAAGACUCCAGAGCGUCUGAAGACAACGAGUUGUGGGAUCAUCGAGGCAGAGAAGGCAUUGGUGUGGAUCCAGCGCUGGGAACAGAGCUAGGUCAUGGUGUGCGCGCUGAGGGGUUGGCAGGAGCAGGUGGCACAGAUGACUCCCAUAUUAAAGAUGGGCCAUCUCCUUCUUCAUAUACCAGAGCUCCAUUAAAAGAAGAUGCCAGUGGACGGGAAAGAGAUGAGGACCGUGAUAUUGAUGAAACUUCUGAACAGGAUUUGCUUUCCCUGGUGGGACAGCAUGUUUCACCAGGACCUGAAAUGGGCUUGUGUCCAGCAACAGCCAAGGAAGCUCUUGAAGAAUAUGCCUUUGAAGAAAAGAAGUCCAAAGAUGUCCUCAGAGACAUACCACGAGAGGCACUUCGUGUUGAAACUGAAUCACGUAAAGCAGGAGAGGACCAAGAGGAGAGGAGACAGCCAUUGAGGGGGGAAGAAGAUACAGAUGUCACUCCAUCAGAGCCUUCUGAAAUCAUCUCCCGAAAAGAAGCAGAACCCAGGGAGGGAGAAGAUUCUGGACCCUUGCUAGAAACAGCCAAACUCCCUGUUGAGUUAAAAGAUGACGUGGAAGACAAAGAUGCUCCUUUGGAAGAGGCUGUGCCAGAUACAGGAGAACGCCGGACACCCAAGAAGAAACCUUGUGCUCAUGUUGCAGAUAAAGCCGUCAGUCGCGUACCUCUCCUAAAAGGUCGUAUUGACAGCAAAGACAAGGAAGGGACUGAAGCUGAGGAAAAGAAACCGAAGAAAUCCUCACCUUCCACUGCCAAACCCCCAGGCGAUAGACCCUCCAUCCCCCCCCAACGACACACCUCCUCUAGCACAACCCCUUCGAAAACACCUUCCAGCCCUGCUUCCACCUCUAAACGAGUCUCUUCUGUCACAUCCCGACCUGCCAGUACAGGAACGCAAGAAAUGAAAGCCAAGGGCCCGGAGAUGAGAGGUGGCACGAAGACGGCCACGCCGCGGUCUGCAGCUGGGCAGGCUCAGAGGAACUCGACCAAUGCCACACGCAUCCCAGCAAAGACUCCCACGGCCCCCAAGACACCUCCCAGCUCCGGCAGAAAGGAGCAGAAAAAACCACCUCCUGCAGCAGCAAAGUCUGAGAAAGGUGAGCAGCCAAAGUCUGGAGACAGAAGCGGUUACAGCAGUCCCGGCUCCCCCGGGACUCCAGGCAGCCGUUCCCGCACUCCCUCUCUGCCCACCCCACCAGCCAGGGAGCCCAAGAAGGUGGCAGUGGUUCGCACACCACCGAAAUCUCCUGCAUCUGCCAAGAGCCGCAUCCAGCCGUCUGCCGCACCCAUGCCUGAUCUGAAAAAUGUGAAGUCCAAAAUUGGCUCAACUGAAAACCUGAAGCACCAGCCCGGAGGUGGCAAGGUGCAGAUUAUUAAUAAGAAGCUGGACUUUAGCAGCGUUCAAUCCAAGUGUGGCUCAAAGGAUAAUAUCAAACACAUCCCAGGAGGAGGCAGUGUGCAGAUUGUUAAUAAGAAGUUGGACUUUAGCAGCGUUCAAUCCAGGUGUGGCUCAAAGGAUAAUAUCAAACACAUCCCGGGAGGAGGCAGUGUUCAAAUCGUUUACAAGCCAGUCGACCUGAGCCACGUGACAUCCAAAUGUGGUUCCCUGGGCAACAUCCAUCACAAACCAGGCGGUGGCCAGGUGGAGGUGAAAUCUGAGAAACUGGACUUCAAAGAUAAGGUGCAAUCGAAAAUCGGGUCCUUAGAUAACAUCAGCCACGUCCCUGGAGGAGGAAAUAAAAAGAUUGAGACUCAUAAGCUGACUUUCCGCGAGAACGCCAAAGCCAAGACCGACCACGGCGCCGAAAUCGUCUACAAGUCCCCCACCAUCUCCGGAGAUGCCUCCCCGCGCCGCCUUAGCAACGUCUCCUCCACCGGCAGCAUCAAUAUGGUGGACUCCCCCCAGCUCGCCACGCUAGCCGACGAAGUGUCUGCUUCGCUGGCCAAGCAGGGCUUGUGAUCGGGGCGCAGCGGGCGAAGAUGAGAGAAGACAAGGAAAAAAAAAAAAAAGAAAAGAAACAAAAAUAAUAAUCUGGCCUUCUUCCUCUGUUCCUUUUACAGCUGCUUCCCCAUCCCCUAACUGGUUAAUGAUUUAACCUGCUUUUACUGUUCAUUCAGCUCUAGCUCCAGGACUUCAAAAUCAGUGACACUAUGAGGUACAAAAACCUCCUCUCCCCCUGCUCCUCGGAGCGCACAGCCCGUGCCCGUCCCCCGCUCCCUCCCCUCGUCCCCCCGCGAGGUCCCUCACUGUCCCGGCCCUGCCCUGGGGCCACCUGCCCUGGCAGGGAUGCCCACCGCCCCGGGAAAGUGGGGAAGGGGAUAGAGGGGCAGCCGCAGCACGACGCUGACCCGAGCACCCCGCACCGCAGCACGGGGCAGCGGGAGGUCCUCAAGGGAAGGGGAUGUGACCUUCCCACGCUCGUUACCCUAACGAUGCCGGGGCUGGCACUGGCCAUGCAGGCGGCACAGGCAGUGGGUGCUGCAGGCAGGGACUGCAGGGAGGUGCCCUCCCUUUCUGUAUUAAAUUUGCCUGCUGAUUUGGAAGAAACCUUUUGUUUUUACCUCCGAAAGCCGAGAUGUGUAUGAAGAUAGCUGCCAGGUACCCCCUAAACCCGCUCUCAGCUCCGGCAGCUGGAGUACUGGCGACGGUGACGCCGAGGUAUCCCGUUGCGGAAGGGGCCCUGGACGGCCGUUCCCCUCUCCGUGGCUGUGCUGGAACUGCUGAGUGGAUGAGUAGAGGCUUUUCCCCAUUCCUUUGGCAGCCCCCUCGUGUCGUAGAGUAGAUUUGUCUGUAUAUGCUUGGACCGUGCCAGGGUGAUUGUUUUCAUAAACGAGCAUGUG